CAGAGGAGACAAAUUGCGCGUGACUCAUCUUCUUUCGUGACGCAAAAUUCUACCAAUUGUCCUCCUUGGGAAGAGAAGAUGCACAGGGAAGAACAUGCGCUGCCGUCACUUUGCAAACUUUGGAUCCACGCCUGCGUCUCCACAUGGGGGUGACGAGACCGUCUUCAAAUGGCUCACCGGAACUUGGACGGAGACGACUCCUUCCCGGCGCGGACAGGAGCAGGUGUCACCGAGGCAGGCUGCACCGGUCCCGGCGGAGGCGCAGCUUCAGCGCCGCGGACAGAGAUCAUGAGCGCAGUCGAGGAUGAGACGUCUCCUGAGGGGGUCCGCCUGAUGGGUCCCAGAUCGUCAAGUGGACUGCAUGGGGACGAGGAAGAGGAGGAGGACAUCCAUGAACUUUACUACCUAACCGAGGAGGACCUCUCCUCCGAGGGCUCUGGCAGCUCGGUGGAUUACGGCUUCAUCACCGCCGUCUCCUGCUUGGUCACCGGCAUCUCCUUAGUGGCCAUCUCCUACACGGUGCCCCGGGAGGCGCGCGUCGACCCGGACAGUGUUCCAGCCAGGGAGAUGGAGCGCCUGGAGCGGGACAAAGCCAGGCUGGGCGCGCACCUGGACCGGUGCGUCAUCGCCGGGCUGUGCCUGCUCACCCUCGGCGGCGUGCUGCUCUCCACCCUGCUCAUGGUGUCCAUGUGGAAGGGGGAGAUGAUGCGCAGGAGGGCCUUCGCGCACGCCCAACACACGCCAAAGUUGUACGGGUCAAUCGGAUGGAGGGCGGGGUCCGGUCCGGUUCGGGACUCUUGCACACAUUUGUCGGAUGAGGACUCUGAGUUGCUCAGCUGAGUUUGGAUUCUGGGCUAAGAACCUUUGGUUUCAUUUCGAGCUUCUGUUUGAUUGAAUGACCGGCCACAGCAUUAGGUACACCUGUUGUCAUUAUGUCCACUACUUUAGCAUGCUCACUUUUAACUGUACACGCACUGUACAUUAUGCUCUUAUU